AUGUGCAAUACACGGCACAACCACUGCCUUCUUUGGCCGCUCCUCUCUGAUCCUCCCUCCCACUCCUCCAUCCCACCUGUCCUCGGCCCCGUCGCCGCCCUUUGCGGCCCCGUCGCCGCCCUUUGCGGCCCCGUCGCCGCCCUUUGCGGCCCCGUCGCCACUCCUCUAGGCCCCUCACGGCCCCUUCGCGGCCCCGUCGCCGCCCCUCUAGGCCCCUCGCGGCCCCUUCGCGGCCCCGUCGCCGCCCCUCUAGGCCCCUCGCGGCCCCUUCGCAGCCCCGUCGCCGCCCCUAGCGGCCCCGUUGCCGCCCCUCUAGGCCCCUCUAGGCCCCUCGCGGCCCCUCUGCGGCCUCGUCGCCGCCCCUAUCGGCCCCGACGCCGCCCCUAG